AUGGCGACCAACAGGUUGCUUCAGGAAGAAAGACUGGCCCAGAUCAGCAACACAACAGAAACACUGCCGGACAUACUGAACAUGAUGAAGCGCCUUGAGAAGCCCGUAGGCCGGUCCGGGUCUUACGGAGUGAGGCAUAUCCACCAACUGGAGCAGAAGCUGCUCAAUGCCAGCUUCUUCGGGUACAACCUGACCCUGCAGACAAACUCCAUCCAGUCUCUGGUCUUCAAGCUGAGCUGUGACUUUCCCGGUCUCUCCCUGUCCAGUGUCACCAUGAGGAACAUCUCCAAGGCCUGGGCACCGCAUGCCAUGCAGUUCCCAGCUGAGCUGACCAAGGGUGCCUGUGCGACCUCCCGGCCUGCCGAGCUUAGGCUCAUCUGCAUCUACUUCUUCACCAGUCACCUCUUCCAGGAUGGUCAUAACUCAACCCUGCUCAAUAAUUACAUUCUGGGGGCCCAGCUGGAUCACAGUCCCCUGAACAACCUUCCAAAGCCAGUCAACAUCAGCUUCUGGCACAACCAAAGUCUGGAAGGGUACACAGUAACCUGUGUCUUCUGGAAGGAGGGAGCCAGCAAGCGCAGCUGGGGUUCCUGGAGCCCUGAGGGCUGUUACACAGAGCAGCCCUCACCCUCUCAGGUGCUCUGCCACUGCAACCAUCUCACCUACUUCGCUGUGCUCAUGCAGCUCUCUGGAGACCCGGUGCCUGCUGAACUGCAGGUGCCUCUUGAGUACAUCUCCUUUGUGGGUUGCAUCAUCUCCAUCGUGGCCUCGCUGCUCAUCAUACUGCUUUAUGCCCAUUCUAGGAAGCAAAGUGACUCUGUCCCACACAUCCACAUGAACCUGAACGGCUCUGUCCUGCUGCUGAACGUCGCCUUCCUUCUGAGCUCCCAGAUGGCCCCGCCCAUGGUGCCCACCUCAGUCUGCGUGGUGCUGGCCGCCCUCUUACACUACGCGCUGCUCAGCUGCCUUACCUGGAUGGCCAUCGAAGGCUUCAACCUCUACCUUCUGCUGGGGCGUGUCUACAACGUCUACAUCCGUCGAUACUUGCUCAAGCUCUGCGUGCUGGGCUGGGGCUCGCCAGCCCUCUUGGUGCUUCUUCUUCUGGCGGUCAAGAGCUCAGUGUAUGGACCCUGCGUGAUCUCUUUCUCCAAAAGCCAGGAAAACGGUACAGGCUUCCAGAAUGUGUCCAUGUGCUGGGUAUGCAGUCCCAUAGUGCACCGUGUCCUGGUCAUGGGCUACGGUGGCCUCACAUCUCUGUUCAACCUGGUGGUGCUGGCCUGGGCUCUGUGGAUCUUGUGCAAGCUCCGGGCACGGGAGAAGGCUCUGAGUCCCGGGGCCUACCGAGACACUAUCAUGGUGCUGGGCCUCACUGUGCUACUGGGCACCACCUGGGCUCUGGCCCUCUUCUCCUUCGGUGUGUUUCUGCUGCCUCAGCUCUUCCUCUUCACCAUCUUCAACUCGCUCUAUGGUUUCUUCCUCUUCCUGUGGUUCUGCUCACAAAGGCGUUACUCAGACGCCGAAGCCAAGGCAGAGAUGGAGGCAGUCAGCUCCUCUCAGGUGACACACUAACCCAGCUCCUGGCCUGCAGCCUCCGCUUUUCCCACUACCAGCAAUCUGUGGCCUUGGCUCAUCCAGGGAAGGUGGUAGUCUGGCGGUGGGACAACAGAGUCCACAGUGACCUGGUAACCCGCAGGGAUGGUUUCCACCUCUAGACCACACCUUGCCCCUUGCUCAGCACUUACAGAUACUUACAGUACUGUGGCCUCUGGCUGGAGUCACUCUUUCUUUUACCAGUCUGACGUGAUGAUCGCUCCAACCUUCUAUCUUUCCAAAGGUCAGGAAAUCCAGCCCUUCCUCCUUCAAAUCCUCACAGAUGGUUAGACCAGAAGCCGAGGCCAGGCCUCUGUCUCUUUCCCUGAAGCUGAGCCAACUGGGCUUGAGGGAUCUAGAUGCUAGACCACUUUGUUGGACUGGAUUUUCCUGAUAGACGCAAGGGUGUGUGUUGAGCAUUUAGAUACUUUUCUGCCCACAGUGGGAGACCAUCUGCUCAUUAAGUCAGUGCUUUCCCAAGGAUGGACAGCAGGGGGCGCUGUUGGCUUGUGACCCAAGGCAUUGGUGCCAAACCUGCCCCUGGAAAUGCAGCUGUUACCUGUCUGAAGCUCCACUGACCAGUAGAAGCCUAGGACGUCCAGGGCUUUACCUUUCACACAUCCAUUGUCUCUUUCUCUGUGCAGCGGACUGAGGUCGCUUUGGGGGCUUUUGGAAUGUGCCCAGGCAUUCCUGGCACUAGAGCAGCUGGUUGGGGUAGACCCUCAGGGCCCACACCAGCCAUCAGACACACGCUGUACUUGAACUUCAGUAAGGGAAUCAGAGGAGGACUCCAUCCUCCCAUGGGGUCCUCCGCCUUUCUGGGUGUUUCUGGGUAAUCAUGU